CUCAUGAUCCAGAGAAAACAGAGAACAUCAAUUAUAUGCUAAAAAUUGGUAAAUUAGCGGAAGAUAUUGCAAAUAAUUAACAAAAUAAAACACAAUGAAUGUGUAUUCCAACGCAAAGUAAGCGUGAGACAACUAAAUACAGCGAAUAGAAAUAGGCAAAGAAAAACCAGGUUAAAUACUAUAAAAACAAAGGCAGGUCAACUUCGCAAGUUGAACCCACUGCCCACUUAACUGACGUGUCAACAGGAAACUAUUACAACAGCAAACCACCCCUUGCCAUUUCAAAAAACUUGACAUUUCCACACCAUUCCCCAGCUUAAAUCUGGCGCAUUCCAGCAACAGCAUGCGACGUAACAACUAUCCCUACCAGCCACUUAACCAAACGUCAGGGCACAGUGCGCUGGCACCCGAUGCGCUAGAGGAAGAGAAUGAACGCGCGGCAGAAGAACUAAAACACAAGAUCGGCGCACUCAAAUCACUCACCAUUGAUAUUGGAAACGAAGUGCGCUACCAGGACAAAUUAUUGCGUGGUAUUGAUGAUGAUAUGGAUCGAACGGGUGGCUUUUUGGGCAACACAAUGGCGCGAGUGGUACGAUUGGGGAAGCAUAGUGGCGGCCGUCAUAUGUGCUACAUGUUUCUCUUUAUAUUAUUUGUAUUUUUGAUACUGUAUGUUGUUAUAAAAAUCAAGUGAAUAUAGCGCUGUUUAUGGAGGCAAAGUUGAGAAUUUUAGUCAAGUAUAUUGGAGCUUGAAAACAAAAGUAAAAGUCAUGAAUGCGACCACUUAAAGUGAGCUGCCCAAAAGAGAUCGUCAUAUAAAUAGAAUAAACUAUUUUUGUAAACAUAAAAAAUA